CUGAGAGAAGUGAAGGAGGAGAGAGAAGAACUGAUGGACGUGAAAGAGGAGAGAGAAGAACUGAGUGAAGUGGUGGAGAAACAUCAUAUUAAACCUGGAGAAAAACCUUUGAGUCGCCCAAAGACAAAAAAGACAUUUUCAAAGAAAAGAAGAGCCAAGAAAUCUUUCACUUGCUCUCAGUGUGGAAAGAGUUACACAGCCAAACAUACACUUGUGAGUCACAUGAGAGUUCACACUGGAGAGAAGCCGUUCACAUGUAAUCAUUGUGGGAAGAGUUUCAGUCAUUUAUCAAUUCUUAAUGGUCACAUGAUGAUCCACACCGGAGAGAAGCCGUUCUCAUGUGAUCAAUGUGGGAAAACAUUUGUUAGUGCAUCAAGCCUGAAGAAACACCUGAGAGUUCAUACGAAGGAGAAGACACAUUCAUGUUCUGUGUGUGGAAAGAGUUUUUCACAGCUGUGUAAUUUACAUAGACAUGAGAAAAUUCACACUGGUGUGGGAGAGUACAUGUGCUUUGAGUGUGAGAAGACUUUCAUUUCAGCGUGCCGUUUAAAACGACACCAGAGAAUCCACACUGGAGAAAAACCUUACAAGUGUUCACACUGCGACAAGAGAUUCAGUGUAUCAGCAAAUCUGAAAACACAUGAAAGGAUCCACACUGGAGAAAAACCUUACAAGUGUUCACACUGCGGCAAGAGAUUCAGUGUGUCAGCAAAUCUGAAAACACAUGAGAGGAUCCACACUGGAGAGAAGCCGCACACAUGUUCACACUGUGACAAGAGAUUCAGUGUGUCAGCAAAUCUGAAAAGUCACAUGAGGAUCCACACCGGAGAGAAGCCGUUUAAGUGUGAUCAGUGUGGAAAGAGCUUCUCAGAAAAAAAAUCUCUUAAAAUUCACAUGAGAGUUCACACUGGAGAGAAACCGUUCUCAUGUGAUCAGUGCGGAAAGAGCUUUACACAAAAUAUACAUCUUCAAAAACACACGUGGAUCCACACUAGAGAAAAGCCAUAUGCUUGUGAUCAGUGCGAAAAGAGUUACUCAGAUAAACAGAGUCUUGACCUUCACAUGAGAAUCCACACUGGAGAAAAACCAUUCAUAUGUGGUGAGUGUGGAAAGAGAUUCUCAAUAAAAAAUUAUCUUAAGCUGCACAUGAAAGUUCAUACCAGAGAGAGACCGUUCGCAUGUGAUCAGUGUGGAAAGAGUUUCAAACGAUCAUCACACCUUGAUGAUCACAUGAGGAUCCACACAGGAGAGAAGCCUUUCACAUGUGAUCAGUGUGGGAAACGCUUCGCAAAGUCAACAAACCUUGAUGUUCACAUGAGAGUUCACACUGGAGAGAAGCCGUUCAGGUGUGAUCAGUGUGGAAAACGCUUUGCACGGUCAACAAACCUUGAUGUUCACAUGGUGAUCCACACCAGAGAGAAGCCGUUCUCAUGUGAUCAAUGCAGCAAAACAUUUCAUUGGGCGUCAAACCUGAAGACACACCUGACAGUUCAUACAAAAGAGAAACCUUAUUCAUGUUCUGUGUGUGGAAAGAGUUUUUCAGUGUGGGGUAAUUUACAUAAACAUGAGAAAACUCACACUGGUGUGAGAGAGUACAUGUGCUUUGAGUGUGAGAAGACUUUUACUACAGCUGCACAUUUAAAACAACACCAGAGGAUCCACACUGGAGAAAAACCUUACAAGUGUUCACACUGCGACAAGAUAUUCAGUUCUUUAUCAAAUCUGAUAACACAUGAGAGAAUCCACACUGGAGAAAAACCUUACAAGUGUUCACACUGUGACAAGGUAUUUCGUCGAUCAUCACAUCUGAAAUCACAUGAGAUGAUCCACACUGGAGAGAAACCUUACAAGUGUUCACACUGUGACAAGAGAUUCAGUCAGUCAGCAAAUUUGAAAAAACAUGAGAAGAUCCACAGCAGAGAGAAGCCGCACACGUGUGAUCAGUGUGGAAAGAGUUUCCCUCGCUGGUCAACAUCCCACAGCAAACAUAUGAGAAUCCACACUGGAGAGAAGCCAUUCACAUGUGAUCAGUGCGGAAAGAGUUUCUGUCGAUCAUCAUCUCUUAAUGUUCACAUGAGAAUCCACACUGGAGAGAAGCCGUUCACUUGUGAUCAGUGCAGCAAAACAUUUAAUCGGGUAUCGCACCUGAAGAAACACCUGACAGUUCAUAUGAAGGAGAAGCCACAUUCAUGUUCUAUGUGUGGAAGGAGUUUUUCACUGCUGCAAUAUUUACAUACACAUCAGAAAACUCACACUGGUGUGAGAGAGUACAUGUGCUUUGAGUGUGAGAAGACUUUUUCUUUAGCAAGCCAUUUAAAACGGCACCAGAGAAUUCACACCGGAGAAAAACCUUACAAGUGUUCAUACUGCGACAAGAGAUUCCGUCAGUCAUCAUAUCAAAAAACACACGAGAAGAUCCACAGUGGAGAAGAAUCUUACAAGUGUUCACACUGUGACAAGAGAUUUAAUCAGUGGGCAGAUCUGAAAAAACAUGAGAAGAUCCACAAUGUAGAAAAACCUUACAAGUGUUCACACUGUGACAAGAGAUUUAAUCAGUCGGCAGAUCUGAAAUCACAUGAGAGGAUCCACACUGGAGAAAAACCUUACAAGUGUUCACACUGUGACAAGAGAUUCAGUCAGUCAUCACAUCUGAAAACACAUGAGAAGAUCCACACGGGAGAAAAACCUUACAAGUGUUCACACUGUGACAAGAGAUUCGGUCAGUCAUCACAUCUGAAAACACAUGAGAAGAUCCACACUGUAGAAAAACCUUACAAGUGUUCACACUGUGACAAGAGAUUCAGUCAGUCAUCAUAUCUGAAAAAACAUGAGAAGAUCCACACUGUAGAAAAACCUUACAAGUGUUCACACUGUGAAAAGAGAUUCAGUCAGUCAUCAUCUCUGAAAACACAUGAGAGGAUCCACACUGGAGAAAAACCUUACAAGUGUUCACACUGUGACAAGAGAUUCAGUCAGUCAUCAUAUCUGAAAAAACAUGAGAAGAUCCACACUGUAGAAAAACCUUACAAGUGUUCACACUGUGAAAGGGAUUCAAGUUUCACAACCAAACAAUAUCUUGAGAAACAUAUGAGAAUCCACACUGGAGAGAAGCCAUUCACAUGUGAUCAGUGCGGAAAGAGUUUCUGUCGAUCAUCAUCUCUUAAUGUUCACAUGAGAAUCCACACCGGAGAGAAGCCGUUCUCAUGUGAUCAGUGCGGAAAGAGUUUCCGCCAAUCAUCAUGUCUUAAUGUUCACAUGAGGAUCCACACCGGAGAGAAGCCGUUCUCAUGUGAUCAGUGCAGCAAAACAUUUAAUCGGUCGGCAGAUCUGAAAUCACAUGAGAGGAUCCACACUGGAGAAAAACCUUACAAGUGUUCACACUGUGACAAGAGAUUCGGUCAGUCAUCACAUCUGAAAACACAUGAGAAGAUCCACACGGGAGAAAAACCUUACAAGUGUUCACACUGUGACAAGAGAUUCGGUCAGUCAUCACAUCUGAAAACACAUGAGAAGAUCCACACUGUAGAAAAACCUUACAAGUGUUCACACUGUGACAAGAGAUUCAGUCAGUCAUCAUAUCUGAAAAAACAUGAGAAGAUCCACACUGUAGAAAAACCUUACAAGUGUUCACACUGUGAAAAGAGAUUCAGUCAGUCAUCAUCUCUGAAAACACAUGAGAGGAUCCACACUGGAGAAAAACCUUACAAGUGUUCACACUGUGACAAGAGAUUCAGUCAGUCAUCAUAUCUGAAAAAACAUGAGAAGAUCCACACUGUAGAAAAACCUUACAAGUGUUCACACUGUGAAAAGAGAUUCAGUCAGUCAUCAUCUCUGAAAACACACGAGAGGAUCCACACUGGAGAAAAACCUUACAAGUGUUCACACUGUGACCAGGUAUUUCGUCGAUCAACACAUCUGAAAUUACAUAAGAGGAUCCACACUGGAGAGAAACCUUACAAGUGUUCACACUGUGACAAGAGAUUCAGUCAGUCAUCAUCUCUAAAAAAACACGAGAGAAUCCACAGCAGAGAGAAGUCGCACACGUGUGAUCAGUGUGGAAAGAGUUUCUCUAUUAAAACUCACCUGAAACAACACAUGAAGAUCCAUACAGUGGAAAAACCACAUCACAGCAGUCACGACCUGAUGGGAGAACCAGAGAGAACCUUACACAUGAGAUCAAUUCAGGAAGAGCUUUAUGGAUAAAGGAAACUUUAAGAGACACAUGUGGAUCUUCAUUGUUUACUAUAACUCUUUUAAAGUAGUUAGAGUGUGACUUAACGUUUCUCAGUCUCACGUCUGCAUGUCUCUCUUAUCAUAUGGCGCUUUUCCAUUACCAGUACCAGCUGGACUCGACUCGACUCGGCUAGCUUUUCGUUCCGUUUUCCA